GCCUCUGCUAGCUGAACGAGAACAUUCUAGAUUCACCUGCUUCGAACUGACUUUGAUGAGGCGUCGAACACCAAACCAGUGUCGAAAAUCAACCCUCCCACCGAGCCCUUAACAGUACGCCGAGGCGUACGCGUUGGUGGAAGUCUCCACCCACUGAGUGGAUGUGUAAAACCGCUGUUCAAAGUCGUCUUGUUAGAAAGUAGCUCCGGUGGCAGAGUGAAACACACAAGCACCGAAAAUGGCAGACAACAAUCAAAACUCUCAGAGACUGGGGCCUGUGCAAUUUUUAAUGAGCAACAAGCUGGAAACGGCCAUGUGGCUGUCCCGCCUCUUCACAGUCUACUGCUCCAUCAUGUUCAUACUACCAAUCUUGGGGCCCAACGCGGCGUCCAGCUUCUACCAGCGAGCGCUGCUGGCCAACGCGCUCACCAGCGCCUUGCGACUGCACCAGAGGCUUCCCAGGUUCCAGCUGAGCCGGGCAUUUGUGGCGCAGGCGCUGCAGGAGGACAGCUGCCACUACCUGCUCUACUCGCUUAUCCUGGUCAAUUCCUACCCUAUUACUAUGAGCAUUUUCCCAGUCUUCCUCUUCUCCUUGCUCCAUGCGACCACCUUCACCAAAAAGGUCCUAGAUUCGGUGGGCCCUGGCAGCCUGAUGUUCAUCAGGAACCUCCUGGACAAGAUGUCGACCAAUCAGCAGAACAUUCUCAAGUUCAUCGCCUGUAAUGAGAUCUUUUUGAUGCCCGCCACUGUCUUCAUGCUCUUCAGUGGCCAGGGAAGCUUGCUGCUGCCUUUCAUCUACUAUCGCUUCCUCAGCCUGCGCUAUACAUCCAGAAGAAACCCGUAUUGCCGCACCCUGUUCACUGAGCUGCGAAUCCUUCUAGAGCACUUCAUCAUGAAGCCUGCAUGCCCCGCCUUCUUCCGUAGAAUGUGCCUCAGCAGCAUCGCCUUUGUCAGUCGCUUGGCCCCCACCGGAGUCUGAAGUCCUUGCCAUCCCACUUACCUCCUACUCCUUUUUUGUGUUCGGCCGCCGCCGAGUACGUGACUUCCGUUUAGGAUGAGGACACACUGGCAGCAACAGCGGAGGACAUUUUGGUUUUAUCGUUGCAAUGACAACUUGACAGUGUGCUCCAGUUCCAGACUCAGCAAGUAAUGCACUGAAGAUUUUUUUUGUGGGGUCCUCGUCCUCUUCCUCAUGUCUCAUGAUGACCUCCACACACACACACUCUUUUGUUAUGCCAGAGCACAUCAGAUAUCUUAAUGUCAUCCCGCAACCUUAUUUAUUCACUGAUGUUCCGAUGAUGUUCUGACGAGAUCUUAUGUAACUACAAGUCGAAGCAUUGUCAGAAGGGGAAGGAGGCAAAGGUGAUGAUUUGUGUGUAAUGAAUAUUUAGUUUAUUUUGGUCUAUAUGCUCUUUAAAGGCCUAACCUCGCUACUUUUUGGAUGUACAAAUUUCACAUCUGCUGUGUUUUAUAGAAUAAGCAUAAACAAUGGGACAUAAUGCUGUUGGAUUACCUUUCCAAAUGUACUCCAUGAUGCAUGUCAUCAGUUAAGUGGAGGCUGCACCGCUUUUUAGGGCAUUGAUUCAAUUCCUUUUUAUUUUUAAUGCAUUUACUAUCUUCGUACUAAUUCUUUUCGCUUACACCUGUCCUGAUUUCUUUCUCCCAUGUUGACUGUGUCCAUUUGCCUAAAGACGAACCACGUUUUUAUCAUGAGAUGGGCACUUAACGAUUAUGAAAUAAAAUGUUCGAAGUAA